AAAAAGUCACUUGGGUGCACGGCCGGCCACAAGCUUCACGUGCCAUCUCACGCGCGCCAAAGCCGGGCGAAUCGCGGAAUCGAGGGGGUCUGCUUGGACGAGGAGCAAACAUGAUGUACCCAGGCAAGAGUCCCUACACCAUGCUCUCAGUCGAGGACUGCGUGGAGAUGGUCGCCUCUCAGGUGAAGGGCGCCUUGGGCCAGGAGGAGGUUCCACUGGGCCAGGCGUUGGGGCGGAUCUUGGCCCAGGAUGCCAUCGCAGAGGUACCCAUCCCUGCCUUUCCAGCCUCCAUCAUGGACGGCUUCGCGGUGCGCUCCGCUGAGGGCCGGGGCGCCUUCCUCUGCCCCGCCGCGGCCACGGCCGGGGAGCGGCGCCGGCCCUUGGAGGAGGGCCAUGUGCGGUACAUCACCACUGGCGCGCCCCUACCGGAGGGAGCAGACGCCGUGGUCAAGGUGGAGGAUACCGUGCAGUCGGUGAGGUCGGACGGGCUGGAAGUUCAAAUUCCUGCUAGCAAGCCAGGAGCCAACAUCCGGCAAGUGGGCUCCGACACAGCGCAGGGCGAGCGCCUGCUGACGAAGGGUUGCCGCCUCGGCGCCGCUGAGCUGGGGAUCUUGGCGGCGCUGGGCAUGCGCCGUGUCCAGGUGUACCAAGAGCCCAAAGUGGCAGUCCUCUCCACCGGGGACGAGCUGGUGGAUGUGGAUGGGGAUGACUUAGACGAGACCCGAGGCCAGAUCCGCGAUUGCAAUCGCCCGCUUUUAUGCGCCAUGGUCAAGGAGCUUGGCGCCACCCCACUGGACCUUGGCCUGGUGAAAGACGACCUGGCGAUCGUGCGCUCUGCGUUGUCGCAUGCCUUCAACUCCGCAGAUGUGGUGAUUACUUCGGGAGGAGUGAGCAGAGGAAGCAAGGACUACAUCAAGGAGGUGCUUACAGAGCUCGGCGAAGUGCACUUCGGCGAGAUGUGCAUGAAGCCCGGCAAGCCCAGCACCUUUGCCACUGUUGGACCCCGCCGCCGACUCUUCUUCGGUUUGCCCGGGAACCCGGUGAGCUGCUUCGUGACCUUCAAGCUCCUGGCGGCGCCGGCCAUUGAGAAGCUGCGGGGCCGGCCCUUGGACUGCCCCACCUACGCGCGCGUGGACGCGAUGCUCGCCUCAGCUGUGCAGAUGGAUCCGGAUAGACCGGAGUAUCACAGAGCCAGAGCCCGAUGGGAGUCAGGCGGCAUCGUCGCAGAGAGCACAGGUUUUCAACGGAGCAGCAGGAUCGCUUCCAUUGCGGAGGCUAACUGCUUGCUGGAGAUCCCCAGCGGCUCCGGCGUCAUCCCUCAGGGCCAGGUGGUAAAGGCGCUCCUGCUGCCGGGAGAAGGCCUGCGCCCAGAGCCCGAGGGCUUCCCCCGCAAGGCGCGGAAGGCCGAGCCCGCACCAAAAGUGGACAGGCCGCAGGAGCCAAAGACUGGGCUGCUGGUUUUGGGCGACGCGGAGGGCCUCCGGAACCUCCGCCCGCAGCUGCUGGAGCGACGCCCAAAAGAGGCCAACGCAGCGAAGGAGGUGGUGGAAAGAUGGUGCCGCCAGGACGCCGACGCCUGCGACCUCGUGGUUGUGUUGGCAAAUCUCGGACUUGGAUCAGCAGAUGCGGAGGUGCUGGCUGCUCUGCGUAGUUGUCUGGACAAGAGCUGCGCCAACCUAGAGGAGCUGCUGUUGCGUCGACAGCUGCAGCAGUCUCCGCUGGCGAUGCUGCAUCAAAGCGUGGCAGGGGUCAGGAGCCAGACCCUGGUGGUAACCGUGUCCACCUUCUGCGGCGAUGCCCUCACCGACAUUCUCGCGCUGCUGCCGCAAGCCCUGAGCAGCGUGCGAUCUGACGCUCCGUAG